AGCUCGAGGAUGGAAAGCGACCAGCUGCCGCAGGAGGCAGGGAUGGAGCUAGAGGAGGCUCUCUUCUUUGCGCAGUCGCGGGCGCGGGAGGCAGAGGACGUUCUCUUCAACUACGACAUGCGCAUGGAGGAGACUGUGCUCCGGGCCUUGACGCUGCUGGACUCGUCGAGGCACAAGGAGAUGCAGUCGCUCAAGAAACUUGAGGAGGCGAAAGCUUCGGUCCUAGAGGAGGAGGCUGCUUGCCGAGCCAAGAAACAUUCGAGUUGCGGUGGCAGCGCGGAGCUUUCGGAGAUGUCGGCCGUCUCCUCUUGCCUCCAGCAGGCCUGCGGAGAUGUUAUCGCCUGGCCUGGGAGCGAGCGGCUUCAGCGUCUGUCCCUCGAGCUUGCGGAUGCAUAUCAGGAAGUGAGAGAGGCUGCUGAAUCCAGAUCCCGGCACGAGAAGCUGCUGCAGGAGCUGGAGAUGCUGGUGGAGCCUGUGCUGGAGUACAGACACCGCGGGGUUUACGACCCGUCGAGAUACGCGGGGCUGGCAGACAACGGGGGAGGAGAGCAGGAGGGGCUGGGGGAGAGCGAGACGCUGACGUCGUAUGAGGGGAGCAGCGUUGUCUUCGUCAACAAUGAGUCUUCUCAAGAAAGACGAAAUGAGGAUCAAACUUGCUUUCGUCUCAUGACGGCGAAGCUGCGAGCGGCAGAGGAGGCGAAAAGGUUCCCCGUCGAGGAACAAGUCAACAGGCUCAUCGACACUCUGCUCGUCCAGCAACGAGAGAUCGACGAGCUGCGGCAGCAGCUCAAGCAGACGCCCGAGGAAGAGGCGAUGGAGGCGAAGCGCCGCGUGCUGCUGCGGAUGGCAGAGGAGGAGGAGGAGUUUCUGCAUGGGAAGUUGAUGGGCGUGAGGAGCGAGAGGAGUCACCCGCACGCGGAGAGAGGACGGAGAGGAGGAGCGACGCCUAUGCGAGAGCGCGAGACCGGAACGCCGAUGCACAAGCGCAAGAGAGCCAAGGACAGGGAAAGUGAAGCGCUGGGUUAUCUCUGCCUAUCGCCGCUCUUGCAGAGCAUGCAUCGUUUCCUCCACCGCUCGUGGGAGGACGGCAAGGCGGAUUGCCCGAGCGACUGGUGGGGAGCAAGCAGUAUCUACAACGCGUACUGCUGACGGGAGCAGAGCGAGCGGGAGGAGGAGGACGAAAGCAGAGGGAGCGAGAGAGUGGUGGAGGAGGAGGGAGAGAAGAGAAAUAGUGCAGUGUGUAUCGCUGCUUGUUUGUGCAUAUCGGCAUGUUUCUGAGCAACAAGAUGUUAUCAUACAAAUAGAAGGGGUUCGUUUGAAACCUUCACAU